GAUUGGAACAAAAUAAUUUUAGAUGAUGAUGGGAAGGAAUGGGACAGGAAAAAGGCCAGGCUGAUCCAGCAGCAGCUCUGAGCACUGCUUCGCAGGUGGCCUAUGACACAGGUGACUUCUACCACUCCAUCGCUUGGCUGGAAGAGGCCGUCAGCCGCUUUCGCCUCUCCUACGGCAGCUGGAACCCAGAGGAGGAGCGGGGCAGCCUGGAGGAUGCACUGAACUACCUCGCUUUCUCCUACUUUAUGGCUGGAAAUAUCUCCCAUGCGCUGACUCUCUCCAGGGAGUUUCUCCACUAUGCCUUCUCUCUGGUAGAUCCCAGUAACCAGAGGGUAACAAGGAAUGUGGCCAAGUAUGAGAAGCUGCUGGCAACACAUGGGGACCGUGUGGGGAGACCCCUGCAGCGCCCCAAUGUCACCCAGCUGCAGAACCGGGAUGCCUACGAGGAGCUGUGCCAGGGCCUGGGGGCACAGAUGGCCCCGGAGCAGCCCUCACAACUUGGCUGCUCCUAUGAGACCAACGGCAGCCCCUACCUCCUGCUGCAGCCUGCCAAGAAGGAAACGCUGCGGCUCCAGCCCUACAUUGUGCUGUACCACGACUUUGUCAGCGAUGCCGAGGCUGAAACCAUUAAGGGACUGGCAGGGCCCUGGCUGCAGAGAUCCGUGGUCGCCUCUGGAGAGAAGCAGCAGAAAGUGGAGUAUCGGAUAAGCAAGAGUGCCUGGCUGAAGGACACAGCUGACCCCGUGGUGCGGGCACUGGAGCUUCGCAUGGCGGCCAUCACUGGCCUGGACCUGCGGCCACCCUACGCUGAGUACCUGCAGGUGGUCAACUACGGGCUGGGUGGCCACUACGAGCCCCACUUCGACCACGCCACGUCCAGGAAGAGCCCCCUUUACAGAAUGAAGUCAGGCAACAGGAUCGCCACGGUCAUGAUCUACCUGAGUGCAGUGGAGGCAGGUGGCUCCACUGCCUUCAUCUACGCCAACUUCAGUGUGCCAGUGGUUAAGAAUGCAGCCCUGUUCUGGUGGAACCUGCGAAGGAAUGGUGAUGGUGACGGGGACACCCUACACGCUGGAUGCCCCGUGCUGGCUGGGGACAAGUGGGUGGCAAACAAGUGGAUCCACGAGUACGGGCAGGAGUUUCGGCGGCCGUGCAGCCGGGAUCCCCGGGACUGAGUGACCACCUGGGCUCAAAAAUGCAGCUCCUGACCUGGGUGCUGUCAUUGUCACCAUGGCAGUGAAAAGCCUCCCCAGCACAGCGCAGCUCCACUGGGGUUCAUCCAGGAGGAGAAGAGGGUGCUGCAGGGGCAGGAUGUAUUUGUUCAGCUGUGGGAAAUCUGUUGAAAAUAAAAUUGAAGGAGACUCAACUGGAGGCUGGGAGAAAUA